AUGGUAUCUGGCUGGGCGUCACCAGAAGCUACACUUGGCGUUUGUUGGUCCUUCACUUCCAUUGCGCUUAUCAGCGUCGGCCUACGCCUUUACACAAGGAUCGCCAUCAUUCGACAGCCAGGAUGGGAUGAUCUCGCAGUCACGAUAGCCAUGGCGUUUACUGUGGUGGACGCGGUGACGCAAUGUUUCAAAAUCCACUGGGGCCUCACGAGGAGCGUCAAAGAAUUGACGGAGUACCAGUUCACACGGAUGGAGAAGAGCCAAUGGGUCGCGGCAUGGAACUAUUUCUUCGCCUUGGGCUUUGCGAAGCUGAGCAUUGUACUUCAGUGUCUGCGCAUAGUGAGUUCAUGUGCGAGCAUUCUGCUGGCGAAGAAGUCAACACUGACGGGUCGUACAGUUUGGACACAUUCCAAGCUUCAAACGAUGGGCCAGUAUCUUAUUCAGCGUGCUAGUUGUAAGUCCUUGAAAGAUCCAAUCCCUGAGAAACCUUCGAUAUAUUGAACGUCUGUCCUGUUGCAGGUUUUUACGCUCUGGUCAGGCUUCCAGUCAAUGUUUGUCUGCUGGCCGGUGGCGAAGUACUGGGACAAAACAAUUCCAGGCAAAUGCCUUCCAAGACUCCAAAUCUGGUAUCCUCAUCAAACAACUCCGGUGGAGAGAGAAGCGCUGAUGACUUGGGCGAUAGGUUCUUCAACUCCGCGUUCAACAUCGUGACCGACUUUGCAACUGCUGUCCUUCCAAUCCCAGUCAUCAGAGGGUCAGUCUAUCCAGCAAGCCAUCUUCACAUCUGUUGAAUUUAACAGAUUCAUUCUCCUCUAGCCUCCAAAUGCCAAAACGAGAAAAACGGGCCCUCAUGAUCGUCCUCGCCCUCGGCGGUAGCGUCUGCAUCGUGACCAUCAUCCGUCUCUACUCCCUCGUCGCCCUCGUCAACACGAAAGAUCCCAGCCGCGACCUCACCCAAGGAGGAAUCUACUCACUCGUCGAAGCGGCCUGCGCCAUCUUCGUCUCCUGCCUCCCGACCCUCAAAGGCCUCCUGACCCGCUACUUCCCCGCCGUCUUCGCCUCCAAAGACGACUCCCGCGACCAAGUCCUCUCCACCCCGUCCAUCGAACUCUCGGGCAGCGGGAUCAAAAACCACACCACCGUCACCGUGCAUUCCCAGGGAAGCAUCGGACGGGAUCGUGCUCCGGGAUGGAUUGCGAGGAAAUUCGGGGGUCCGGCGGCGGCGGCGGCCGCCGCGGCGAGGAUGGAAAUGGACAAUGAGAGUGGCGAGACGUGUUCUACCAAUGUGGAACAUAAGGGCAUUCAGACGGAUGGAUAUCAUCAUCAUCAUCAUCAUCAUCAUCACCAUCACCUUCAUGGGAAUGGAAAGGAUAUCGAAGUCGUCACUACCGUUGAGCAGGUUGAACGGCGACGCGGGGAGGGGGAGCAGAGGAAAGGGAAUGGGACUGGGAAUGGGAAUAGUGAGGAACAUUUGGUUCCUCCGAGGCCUUAUGAAAGGCCCUGA